AUGGCUGCGGGACCGGGCUCGGCGGCGGUGCUGUGCGGCGCUGCUGGUGCCCGUGCGUCUGCGGACCGCCUCGUCACGCGGCAGCAGUCGCAGCUGGCGGCCGCCAUGCGCCAGCCGAAGGACGCGGAGGAGGCCCUCCUGGUCAUCAUCGGCGACGGCGAGGUGGCCGCCCGCGUUCGCUGCCUUCUUCCAGCCCUCGCCGCGCUGGUGGAGGGACGCGCGCCCACGUGGUUCCAGAGGCUGCGGCGCAACGCCGUCCUCCAUGCGGCCCCUUCGGCGAUCUUCGGUAUCCCGGUUCCUGCUCGCACAGUUUCCCCUCAGCGUAUUUCCCAUGCCGACCCGCGUUUCAGCUUCGCGCGCAUCUUUCGCGGACAGUCACUGUAG